AUCUUGCUUUGGAACACAGAAACAGUUAAAAUGAAAUAAACACCGAAAAUAACUUCUUCUUUUUUUUUAUUAUUAUCAUGUGCUUUCUUUCCCAAUCUCUUUAACGAGAAUUAACUGCCAAUCUGAAUGAAAUCGCGGUCCCAAAAUGGAGCAGAAAUUGCUUCAAAUCUUGAAGAGUUGCAAGAAUCUGAGGGAACUGAAGCAGACCCACGUUCAGAUUCUCAUCCAUGGCCUCAAAGAUAGCGACUUUAUACUACCCAAGCUCCUUACACUCUCCUCUGAACUCGGUUUCCCCGAUUACGCUAUCUGGGUAUUUCGAAUUUCUCGUUUUCCCAACGUGGUCACCUACAAUACACUGAUAAAAUGCUUUAUAGGAAAGAAGCAUACAGAUGCUUUGCGUUUCUAUGGUCAAAUGAAGGAGUUUGGACCUUCACCUAAUAGUUUCACCUUCACUUUCCUUCUCAAGUGUUUUGAAUCUUUUGAAGCUCUUGAAUAUGGUAAAUUGAUUCAUGGUGAAAUUUUGAAGCUCGGUUUUUGUUCCAGUAUAUUUGUUCAGAACACCCUUUUGGAUUUCUAUGCCAAAUGCGGUAGUGAAUUGGAUUCGGCUUGCCGGGUGUUUGGUGAAAUGCCUGAGAGAGAUUUGGUUUCGUGGAAUUCUAUGGUUGCUGCUUACAUAGCUUUUGGCGAGACAGAAACUGCUAUCAGGUUGUUUAAUUCCAUGCCUGAGAGGAACAUUGUAACAUGGAAUUCUGUUCUUUCUGGGCUUUCCAAAGCUGGAAAUAUGGAAUUUGCUCAUGCGAUUUUCGAAAGAAUGCCGGGAAGAAAUGAAGUUUCGUGGAAUUCCAUGAUAUCUGGCUAUGUACGGUUGGGUGAUGUCAAGUCCGCACAGUGUGUAUUUGAUCAGAUGCCAGAGAAAACUGUAUUUACUUGGACGACCAUGAUCUCAGGAUACUCCAUGAUUGGAGAUCUUAAAUCAGCUAGGAGCAUAUUUGAUCAGAUGCCAGUUAGAAAUGUUGUGUCAUGGAAUGCUAUGAUUUCAUGUUAUGUUCAUAACCACAUGUUUGACCAGGCUCUUCACAUUUUCAGUGAGAUGUUAAUGGAGGGAAAAUUCAGACCUGAUCAAACUACUUUGAUCAGCGUGCUCCGCGCUUGUUCUCACUUGGGUUCUCUUGAACAUGGGAAAUGGGUUGAUUCUUAUAUUAAGGGAAACAAUUUAGAUUUGUCUGUUUCUUUGGGUAAUGCUCUGAUAGAUAUGUUUGCAAAGUGUGGAGAUAUAGAAAAUGCAAAAGUGAUUUUUCAUAAGUUGUCUAAAAGAUGUAUAAUCACAUGGACAACAAUGGUUUCAGGUCUAGCUGUUAAUGGACAAUGCAGAGAAGCCUUAACUCUCUUUGAUGCUAUGUGUUUGGAAGGGAGUAAACCAGAUGAUGUCAUCUUCAUCGCAGUACUGUCAGCUUGCACUCAUGGAGGGUUGGUAGAAGAUGGCAAAAGGUUAUUCAACCAGAUGGUAGAGAAAUAUGAUAUAGAACCCCGAAUUGAGCAUUAUGGUUGCAUGGUUGAUCUUUUGGGUCGAGCAGGGCAGUUGGAAGAAGCAGUGAGGUUCAUAGAAAGAAUGCAUAUAAAGCCAAAUGCUGUCAUUUGGGCUACUCUACUAGGUUCUUGCAAAAUUCAUGGCAAUGGAGAUUUAUUAGACUUCAUAACCAGAAGGAUUAUGGAUCAGGAGCCUUCAAAUCCAAGCUACUUAACUCUAAUUUCAAAUUUGAGUGCAUCACUAGGGCAUUGGAAAGAGGCCCUGACCUAUCGGGUGGCCAUGAGAAUGCAGGGAGUAGAAAAAGUUCCUGGUUGCAGCUCAAUCCAAGUAGGGAAUAAGGUUCAUGAGUUUCUAGCUGAAGAUACAAGUCACGAGGAAAGGAAAGAUAUUUAUGGAGUUCUAUAUGGUUUAAACAGACACUUGAAGCAAGUAUGUGAUGGAGCAUUAAAAUAUGAUAAUGCUCCAUUACAUUAUGGAUAGCAACCUUCCACAUGAUGCAUGGUACCACUGAGGAAUCAGAAAAAUGGACUAACAGGGCAAUACAUCAUGUCUCAAGCAACUGUCAUCCAUUCAGUCGCAGAAGCAAAUUCAUUUCAAGAAAGCAGGGUCUGGCAAUUGCUUUUAACUGGGAAUUCUAAAUUCUGCAUAAUCCAGGAAAAUUAAUAAGAUACCUUAGGCCUAGCUCAUUUAUUUAAGAGUGAUAUUACAAAGAUCUACCAAGAAAGGCAUCUAAUUUGUAUAGACAAAGAGAAAGAGCUGUGCACAGAUAUUAAUUGGUUUAGAACUUGAGAAAGGGUUUGAAAAGAAUUGUGGGUAGUGAAAAGAUUGAGUGUUCUAUAAGGCUUUGGAUAAACAUGUAUUAUGCACUUUAACUAACAGAUCUGAGUUUAGCAAUUGAUUAAAAAAUUUAAUGUUGA